UUAAUGCCCCAUCUCUCUCUUUUUCCACUUUAUGCUCUGCUUUUGAAUUAAUGCACAACCUCCUCUCCUCUCUUCACAAUCAAAAUUAACAAACAAACCUCUUUCCUUCCUUCUUCUGCUUUCACUCCUCAUUACUCACAAUUUCGCUCCCUCUCCAGAUGUCUUCUUAAUUUGUGGAGCUGAAGAGUAAAUGGGGAGCUGUUUGUCUACUGGCAAUCAGGAUAGUUGCAAAGGUGGAAGGAAUGGAGAGAGAGUUUCUAGAUCCUGUUUGGGAAUUGGAGUUUGUGGUCGGAUUGAAAGAAAGAGAACAUUCUCAGAUCAUAUUUUUUCUCUGCAGCUUUUGAAUUCUGCACCUAAUAGACUUGUUUAUAAUGGGAAGACUCGAAAUUCUUGUAUUUUCACUCAGCAGGGUCGAAAGGGUAUAAACCAGGAUGCCAUGGUUGUAUGGGAAGAUUUCAUAUCAGAUGGUGCAAUUUUCUGUGGGGUAUUUGAUGGUCACGGUCCUCAUGGUCAUGUCGUUGCACGAAAAGUUAGAGAUGUUCUGCCAAGAAAGCUAGUGUCAUUCUGGCAGUCAUCUCAGUUGAAGCAUAAUAGAUCAGAUAGAACUUCUUGUCUCCCGAGUCGGAAGGAUUCAGCAGAUGGUGAAGGACAGGACAUAGAUGGCUCACAGGAGGAUAAAUCAAGUUCUUUAUGGAGAAGAGCUUUCCUUAAAUCAUAUAAAGCCAUGGAUAAGGAGCUUAAGUCUCAUCCCAAAUUGGACUGUUUCUGUAGUGGCAGUACUGCGGUCACUCUAGUGAAGCAGGGCUCAGAUCUAUUUGUGGGAAGUAUUGGUGAUUCUCGAGCAAUUCUUGGAUCUAAAGACAGCAGCGAUUCCCUUGUAGCAACCCAAUUGACAGUAGAUCUAAAGCCUGAUUUACCCAGAGAAGCUGAAAGGAUAAAGAAGUGUAAAGGAAGGGUGUUUGCAUUGCAUGAUGAGCCAGAAGUGCCAAGAGUGUGGCUGCCAUUUGACAAUGCGCCUGGAUUAGCCAUGGCUCGAGCAUUUGGUGACUUCUGUUUGAAGGACUAUGGAGUUAUCUCUAUCCCUGAGUUCUCACACCGUGUGCUUACAAAUGAUGAUCUGUUUGUUGUCCUUGCUUCAGAUGGGGUUUGGGACGUUUUGAGCAAUGAAGAGGUGGUUGAGAUAGUGUAUUCUGCCUCAACUCGGUCAUUGGCAGCCCGAAUGGUUGUAGACUCGGCUGCUCGUGAGUGGAAACUCAAGUACCCUACUUCGAAAAUGGAUGACUGUGCUGUCGUUUGCCUAUUCUUGGCCGGGAAAAUGGAUUCAGAAUCAGAAAAUGAAGAACAAGCUUCUUCUGCAACUCUUCAAACCAACCAAAUAGGUAACACCGCCGAUUCUGAUGAUGAUCAGAGGUCUGAGCCAAGUUUGCAAAGGAAUUAUACCGUUAGAUCGUCAGAAGAACAAGACCAAAUUGGAGGAUUAUCUUCUUCACAUAAUGAAGAGAACGGAGAAUCAAUGUCUGCAGAAGAUGAGAAUUGGUUGGGACUGGAGGGUGUAACAAGAGUAAACUCUUUGGUUCAACUCCCUAGAUUUUCUUGAAGACCAAGGUUGGUGAAGGCUGUAAUGGCGGAUGCAGAAGCCAGUUUCCUCCACCAUUUUGUAUCACCACAAACACAAUGCAGAAAAAACUUAGCCUUGAGCUUCCAUGAAAGAAUUCAAUUCAUAAAUUCAACUCCCUAUGAACAGAGAACGAAUGAUCCAUUUGGAUGUAAAAGUAUAUUGAAUUUUGUAUAAUUUCAAAUCUCUUCACCCAGUUAUUUCA